AUGGAUAGUAAAUGCUUACGACCUUCGAUUCGCAUAGAGUGGCGGAAGCUUUCCAAUCGCCAAAAAAUCGCUUACCACAACGCGGUCAAAUGCACUAAAGAGAAAGCUAGUCGUAUUAGCUCCGAUGGCCAAAGUAAAUCCACCCUUGAAGAUUUCACUUAUGUUCACCUCAAACUGCGAAAAUCGGUUCACCAUGUUGCAAGUUUCCUUCCAUGGCAUCGCUGGUUUCUGGCAAUGUACGCCAGCGAGCUUGAGAGCUGUGGGUAUACCGAUACGAUGCCUUACUGGGAUUGGACACGUGAUUCCGGCACCAUCCAAGCAUUCAUAAACUCCGAGAUAUUCCAUCCAGUACAUGGUUUUGGAAGCCUGGGGAUCACUGAGGGUUGUGUCGAGGAUGGCCCAUAUGCUGGCAUGCAACCAAACCUGCCCAAGCCUCAUUGCCUAAAAAGAGGAUUUAACUUGUCAAUUACAGAACCUGGUCAAUGGACUGCGUCGAAUGCAAGAGGAAUUAUGAGAUACUCAGACUUUCUCAACUUAUGGAACAAAACAGAACGUAGGCCACAUCUACCCCUAGCUGUCCAACAAUUGACAAUGGUGCUUGACACUCUAGGACUUCUUCAUGAUAAAGUGCAUAAUGCGAUCGGUGGUGAUAUGCUGGAGCACUACUCACCCAAUGACCCUUUAUUUUACCUUCACCAUGCGCAGAUUGACCGCAUUUGGACGCUAUGGCAAGGUCGUAACAAGACACGCAUCUCGGAUUAUACAGGGAAUGCUAUUCAAAACGCAACCACAAACAUGGCCGGCCUGGGCGACAUAAUGACAGUAUUGGGUCUAGCUCAGAAUAGAACAGUAGAGAGUGUAAUGGAUACUCAAGCUAGCGGGCUAUGUUACACGUAUGAUGAUGAGGGGGAGCAACUCACUACUAUACUAGAAAUGAAUAUGUCUGACCAAGAUGUUAUUGCGCAGUAA